AUGGAGUUUCCAGAGCAUUUCGUUACUCUGCUUAGAGAGUUUGUCACGACACCAUCGUUCUCAGUUUCUGUCAAUAGGGAAUCUUGUGGCUAUUUUAAAGGUGCAAAAGGGCUUCGUCAAGGAGAUUCGAUCUCCCCUUAUCUGUUCACCCUAGCCAUGGAGGUUUUCUCUCAAAUGUUGAACAGUCAGCACAACACUGCCUGCAUAGGCCACCAUCCAUCAGCAGUGACCCCACAGGUGUCUCACUUAGCCUUUGCAGACGACAUAAUGGUGUUCUUUGAUGGAAGCUACAACUCCCUGGAAAACAUUAUUAAGGUCCUUCGUGAUUUCUGUGAGAUCUCGAGUCUUCAUACAAACAUGGGCAAGACUGAUUUGUUCAUUGCAGGAGUGAACCAACCUGAAACCGAAAGGAUUGCAUACAUUUGCUUCAAGCUCGGUUCAUUACCCAUUCGGUAUCUUGGACUGCCAUUGAUGCAUCGAAAGCUCCGUAUCGCAGAGUACAAACCUUUAAUAGACAAGAUCUCAGCAAACUUCACCAACUGGUCUACUCGUGCUCUGUCAUAUGCAGGAAGAAAGAACUCAUAUCCACUGUAA